AUGUCCAUCGCGCACUCCCAACUUGAAACGACUUUGACGGGGGAUACCGUCGUCGACCGCAGCGGUCGACCUACCCCAAUCUUGGCAACGGCAGCUCAAGCGUUCUCGGACAACACUGACUCGGUUCAAAAGGCCAUUUCGAGUUCGCCAUCCGCGUACGACAAGUCCCCGUUUUCUGCCGAGGGCCAGCAGCUUGGAGGGGGUAGUCCUUUGGGGGAAACACCAGUGCCUGUGACGAUCCCGCCCCGGGACCCCUCCGCGGCCGAUUACCGCACGCUCGUGUUGUGUUUUGAUGGGACGGGGGACCAGUUCGAUGCUGAUAAUUCGAAUAUUGUGCAGCUUGUUGCGUCGUUGAAGAAGAGUGAUCGGUCGAAGCAGAUGGUUUAUUAUCAGGCGGGGAUUGGGACGUACACUGCUCCGAAUAUUGCUACGCCCUUUAUGUCGUCCAUUCGGAAGACGUUGGAUGAGAUGUUUGCUUGGAACCUUCAUGCACACGUCAUGAGCGGGUAUGAAUUCUUGAUGCAGAAUUGUGAGGGCCUUCUUUUAUUAGGGGGGGUGAAGUGGAAUGCUGAUAUGAUAAAGACAUUGCUGGGGACAGGAUCUGCAUAUUUGGUUGGAUUUUCUCGAGGUGCAUAUACAGCCCGAAGUCUCGCAGGGAUGAUUCACAAGGUCGGACUUCUCCCCAAGGAUAACUUCCAGCAAGUCCCGUUCGCCUACAAGAUGUUUAAACGAGCGGACCACGUCGGCUGGGAACAAUCAACUGAAUUCAAAAAGGCCUUCUCCGUCGACGUCAAUAUUGAAUUUGUCGGGGUUUGGGAUACCGUCGACUCCGUGGGCAUCAUACCCAAAAGACUACCAUUCACAACCUCAAACACCAUCGUCCGAACAUUCCGACACGCCGUCGCACUGGAUGAACGACGCGCAAAGUUCAAAGCGAAUUUAUGGAACAGGCCCGAUGCGGAUGAGUUGAAGCUAGGCAAAGACGCCGUGCUCAACGCGUCCAAUACCGCGUGCGCACUUGUUGACGACGAUUUGAAGGUGCAUCAUCAUCACCCCCCGAAGACGAAUGGGAAAAAUGGACAAGGGAGUGGUCACAACGAUCAUCAGCAUCAACAUAAGACUAGGAAAGAGAGUGAUCAUGAUCGGAAACUGAACACUAUGGAGAGGAUGUAUUCUACGGCGUCCGAGCAGACUACGGAUAUCGAGGAGGUUUGGUUUGCUGGUUGUCAUUGCGACGUAGGAGGGGGCUCAGUGAGCAACAAAACGCGCAACUCCCUCGCACGCAUAACCCUCCGCUGGAUGAUCCGGGAAUGCUUCAAAACCAACACAGGCAUAAUGUUCGACUCGCAAGCACUCCGCUCCAUCGGCCUUGACCCAUCCACCCUCUAUCCCUUCGUCACACCCCGGCCUCCACCCCUCCCCCUCGGCUCAAACCGCAUCGCCAAAGUGCCCAGCAACCCCAUCCCCGUGCGCCUCCAUGCGCAUUUGGUGAAGAAGCGCAAGGAGCACCCUGAGGUUGUCGGCUUGAGUGAGGGCGUGCAUGCCUCAGCUCAGGUGGGCACGGAGGAGGAGGAAGAGUUGAAGGAUGCGCUGAGCCCUGCGUAUGAUCAGUUGACGAUUAAGAAGGCAUGGUGGGCCUUGGAGAUUCUUCCUCUGCAAUUACGCUAUCAGAGGGGAAAUAAUCAAUGGGUGACGUAUAUUGGGUCGAACAUGGCCCGGCCAAGGUUCAUUCCCAAGCAGGCGAAGAACGGAGUGAAGGUUCAUAGGAGUGUGAAGUUGCGCAUGGAGGCGGAGUAUGAAGAUGCACGUAGGAAGGGCAAAAAGUAUAGUCCUCGUGCACAUUUCCACGUAGAGCCGACAUGGAUUGAUUGA